AUGGCACUGGAUCCUGCCUUCAUUCAAAAGUUCGAGGGCCACUUUCAGGCUGUGAAAUCUGUUGUGAUUUCCUCCAAUGGCCACUACAUGGCAUCGGGCUCUGAUGAUACAACUAUCAGAAUUUGGGAUCCCGUUGACGGCAAAUGUCUCAGGGUUCUAGAAGGCCAUGGCUAUGCGGUUAAUUCGGUCGCUUUCUCGCCGUUUAGCGACAAAGUGGCCUCAGUAUCGAAUGACGAAACCGUGAAGAUCUGGGAUGUCAAAACCGGCAACUGUCUGCAAACUCUACAACUCUCUUGUGAAGGCUAUUCGGUUGCCUUCUCGUCUAAUGCUACAUAUUUGGCAUCAGCUAUGAAAAGUUCAAUCAUGGUAUGGAGUCUUACCAAUGACACCUACACCUUUCUCAGGUCACUCGAAGGGCAUAAUGGGCCAAUUUAUUGUGUUGCCUUUUUUACAGAUGAUCCCGAAUCCGGACUUGCAUCAGGCUCCGAUGAUAAAACUAUAAGGAUCUGGGAUGUCGCAGAGAACACCUGUCACUAUAUACUCAAAGGACAUAGCAAGCGUGUCUACUCGCUUGCAUUUCCCCCGAAUGAUGAGACUGUCGUCUCCUGUUCAAUGGAUCAAACGAUCAAAAUAUGGGAUUCAGACUCUACCGGCUCUGUCGGAUGUCUCUCAACGCUAACGGGGCAUAAGGACUGGGUCCUGUCGGUUUAUGUGGCAUCGGCUUCAAGGGAUAAAACUGUCAAGAUAUGGGAUCUUGAAGACGCUGAAAACCCGAGAUGUAUCCAUACUUUCAGCGGACAUCACGACUGGGUAACAACGAUAUACCCCUCGGCUGAUGGUCAAGUUGUUGUAUCAGGGUCAGAUGACAAUACUAUCAUAGCCUGGCGUAUUAUAGUUGAUGAGGAUGAGGGAGGAGAUGAUGCAUGA